AUGAUGCGCUCGUCGGAGAAGCAUCAGGGGGUCAAAGCCAUGCAGAUGAACCGUGAUCGGAUCAAGGAGAGAAUUCAGGAAAAGCACCAACUGCAACGGCAGCGGGUGCGGGAUAGUCGACUUAGCGGACUGCGUAAGGCGGAGGAUGGAGAGACGUGUGGCGACGCCACGGGUGCAGGCAUUCGUUGGGCAGCUGUGACGGGUCAUGGAGAGGUCGGCUCGAGCUCCGCACACGUGCCAGACACCGCUCUGUGCUGCAACCCUGACGGGACUCUGACGCUACCGGCGGUGCAGGACUGGUCUGACAUUGGCCACGAGUUCGGCGUCAACAUCCACGACGCUGAUGUGAUGGAGUAUUUAUUAGCACUCGAGGAGGAGAUACGACAAGAGCAGUUCUUUCAGUUCUACGAUCAAACAAACGGCAACGAAUGGGAGGACUACUUCCGCUCUCUCACAUGCUGA